AUGGAAUGCAAAGCAGAACCAUACUCGGGUGGACCCGGGGACUUUUUAGAUAUCCCUGCAGCAGAACAAGAAAUAACUGUUGGAUCCAAUGAACCUGCUACUACAAACGUCAACAACUCGAUUGUGCAGAAUGUCGUUUCAAUGCCUUCAGAGAACGUUUUUCAGCAAGUUAGCCAUCCAGUCGUACGGAUGGCGGCACCUGGAGCAGUUCGUGCACCCCGAGUAAUCAUGGUCCAGCGUACCGGUCAGCCAAUGGGGUCUGCAACACCUGGUGCACCUGGUGGUCAGGGCAUUCGGGUAAGCAGUACUCUCUCACCUUACCGCUGUCCUCUUUUUUAUUUCAACGCCAAAUACUUGCUUUUACCUAUUAAUUUUUGCCUCGUCGUCACGGACAGCGGUCUACCCUGUGGGACCGAUGUUAACGUUGAUGCCUACGCAUGUAUUCACGAAGCUGAGCCCUAUCAAUUAUUGGCUUAUUAA